GUUUUCAACUGUGUUUACAAUUUUAAUGAAAACUAGUUAAAAAAUGUAUAAUAAUUUGGAUUUAAACGCGCUGGGCGUUGAUGACAUAGUGGAGGAGUACAAACUGCUGCACGAGCGUCAUCAGCAGCUAAAACAAAGUCAGGAGCAGGAUGCGCAAAUUAUACACGAACUUAAAAGAAGCCUGGAUACGGCACACGCAGCGGAGCGCUAUCUAAGCCAGGAGCUGGAACAGCUAAGCGUGUCGCAAAACGCAGAUAAUACAAUGGAUCCGCGCAUGCAGCAGGAGCUGGAGGAACUGCGUCGCAAAUAUAAGAAUCUACAGGCAGAGCAGGAAACGUUGCAGCUGGAAUGUGAUGCGAAGACAGAGGAAACAAGUGAACUAAAAGCGAAGCUAGAAACAGCAACACGUGAGCUGGAGGCAAAUGCAGCAUUGCGUGCAAAUAGUGGACAUGAUGAGUGCACGGCGCGUGCGCUGGCGCUGGAGCAAGAGAAUUCAGACUUGAUGCAAAAGCUGGCGGACUACGAUGAUGCCAAGGUGCAAAGCACAUUUGCAGUGGCGGAGCAAGAGAAACAAGUGGAAAUCUUGAAAGACCAAGUCAGCUGUCUGGAGGAGAAUCUGCGCAGCAAGCGUGAUGAGCUGGAAGAGAAGCUGCAGCUGCUAGAGAGCACACAGGAGCAGCUAGUGGAGGCUAAUUCCAAAAUAGCAAUGCUGCAAAGCGUGCCUGAAAAUAAUGAACGCAAAGGCAACUCGCUGUUUGCUGAGGUGGAUGAUCAGCGUCAGGUGAUGAAGCAGCUGCUGGCAAGCCAAAAGAAAAGCUAUUUGGAAAUGAAGAAAAUCUUUAAUGAAAGCAAAUUUGAAAUACAUCGUCUAAAGCGUGAGAAUAUAGCAAUGCAUACGGAGCUGAAGGCAUGCAGCACAAUCUUUUGCAAUGCAGACAAAACAUAUCAGGAUAAACUAAAUCAACGCAUACGUCAUCUGAUGCUGCAAAAUACAAAACUGGAGCAAACUUUGAAUGUAACCCAAGAGCGUUUGCGUGAUUUGGCCAAUGACAAGUCAGUUAAUUGGCUUGAUUCCAUGCUGGAGUUUUGCAAACGCGAAACGGGUGAGCUCAAGAGUCAACUGCAUAGCGUGCAUAUACAAAAGGCCAGUUUGGAGCAACAGCUGCGCAAUGUGCAGCAGGAUAUGGCGCGCUGGCGCUUUGAGUCGCUGAAAUCACGCUGCGUGCUUAUAGAUCGUGAAAAUCGUUUGACUGAGCAUAAGAUAAGCUUCAAGCCCAUGCAGUCCAUGGAGUUUGAUAUUAAGGAAGCGCAGCUGCAAGCAGCGCUGCCACGCAUUGUGAGCGUAGCCACAGCUGAGGUAGUCAACUUGGUAACGCCAAUGAAAGCAGAGCAAGCUGAAGCAGCAGCAGCUGAGAUUAUAGUGCUGGAUACGCCAAUGAAAAAGGAAGUGGAGGAGCAGCAAGAGCAAGUGCAUGGAAUUAUUAAAGUCAAAAGUCCUGAGCAGCUGCUUAAGACAGAGACGCUAGAGGAACAGCAACAAAUGCCGGCGAUAAAAAUGGAGCCAGCUGAAAUUAAAUGUGAAGAGCCUGAAAAAGCAACACCACUAAAGCCAUGUUUGGCUAAUAUAAAAGCUGAACUAGCGGAACUGGAUGCAACUAUUGAUAGCAAUACACCUAUUAAAAAUGAAUUGUGCUACAACUACGAGGACUUGAACACUUCGCUGGAACUCAAUGAGCUAGAACUCGCCUCAUUGAAGCCACAACGCAAGGGCACUCCAGUUAAAAUCAAAUGCGCCAACUCUGAAGCCAGCAGCUGUCAAAUACGUUCCAUACUUAUAAAGAAACGUGACAUAUUUGCUGAGGAUUGCCAUAAGAAUGUGCAAUUUAGUCACAAUGCACCGACUGUGCAUAAUCUGAGUCCCGAUGUGGAAAUUAAGGAGAAUCAAAAUCCAUUGGAGGCGGACACAAAACCGAUAAGAAAAACGCCCAAUAUAAUACGGCGCAUUGUAGUGGCAUCCAAGAAGCCCACAAGCUAAAUACGAAUACAUUGCAUUUUUUAUUAUACAAAAAAACUUAACAAUUAAUUACAUACCAAACA